AUGCCGCAAAUGCAAUUUCUUUUCACUGAAAAAAGAAAGCAAAUUUUGUUUGGUGUGACGGUAUUUCUGCUGUUUCAUGUAUUCAACUUCCCAUGGCCGUUCUACGAUGGGCCGCUAGACUAUAUCGCUGAAGGAACAUUUUAUCUGGCGCGAGGCCUACAUUGGCUUGAUGAACAGCUGCCCAAGCAGAAUUUAUUCCACUUCCGAAAAAUGGAAAAAAUACGAGUGAAGUCGGUGGAUGUCUUCUGUCGUAUAAGUGGUGUGAGACAAGCGUACGGGUUCCAUUUCCAAUAUAUGUGA